AAUGCAUCCUAACCUCUUGGUAUCUAUUAAUAAUGCCGACUUUACUACAAAUAUACUCUAACUUCCAAACUAACAAGCUAGUGACGACUACCAUAGAGUACGCGGUCAAGCAGUUCUACUUAUUGAACAGAAAACCGUUCAUAUUGCAAAUGUUUGGAUCCGUGUCGGCCAUAUUGGAUACCGACGAAGAAGCUUCCUACGGGGACGCUAGUAAAGUACAAUCGAGUUGUCUUUUCAACUUAUUAUUAAGCUUAGAGACGCCCUCACCCGACCCUCUGCAUAUCGCCGAACUAAUUAAAGAGGAGAAACCGCUGAAGCCGAUAGAUUUCUGCUACAGAGAUGAAGACGAGAUGGUCAAUGUGCUGGAUUGUAUCAGCCUAUGUGUGAUGGUGGUCUCUUAUUCAGCUGAGAGCAUGCGCGGAUAUCAAAUGCUGAUAAUCUUGGAAGCGAUAUUGCCAUGUUACGUGAAGCAGAUCCAACUGCCCACUUACAACAGGGAAGGAAAGACCGAGAAAGAAAUAAUUCAACAGUUGGCAAUCGCCAUCAAAACCCUCGUCAACAAUUGUGAAGGCUUGUCUAAAUCCUACAACGGUCCUUACCGAACUUCACCCGAACACAAAGGAUCCUCGCAGCGCGGAUGUCCACGCACCACGCCCUUUAUGACCCUGGACCUGCUAGAGGACGAGUCCCACUCCAGAUACGUCAGUGAACACUCGCGGAUGCCGCCCAUGCCUGAUUACUCCGGUGCUGAGGAUAGCGAGUUGGUACGCGCGGAGUAUCGCCGGCCGCGCGACGUGUUGCUGUCGUUGGUGGGAGACUUCAUCGGGCGAGCUACCACUCGACUGCUGGAACUCAACGGAUCCAAAGUGAGCGGCGGUAGUGAGGGCAAACCUGUGGAACUGCUCGACUCCAAGUCUCAUGCGCGAUUAGCAGAGAUAGCCCACUCGCUAUUGAAAGUAUCACCGUACGAUCCGGAGUCAAUGGGGUGCCGCGGUCUGCAACGGUACAUGACGCAGGUGCUGCCGGCUGCAGACUGGGCCGACGAUGCGUUGAGGCCGCCGCUCAUCAUGAUACUGCGGCGACUCGAUAAGGUCUUCCUGAAGAUCGCGAAAAAGCCAAGUAUAAGGAGGAAUACUGACUGGGAUUCGGCAGCUAUUUUGUUGAAGGGUGUUUAUGAGACGAUGAUCCGCUGUCCGUACAUCAUGCAUUGGCAGCAAAUUAAAACUCUUCUCAAUACCGUUCAGUCACUGAUAGUGUCCGACAGUAACUCCGGCGAAAACCUGUCGUCGGCGACGGCCGCGUUGAUGUCUCAACCGCCGCCGCCGCACUUCUGCAGCACUGUGGUGCGACUCAUAGCGCUGCAGAUCGUCAACACAGGCGAUAGUUAUUCAUUGGAACAAAUGUGCGGUGGAAGCGCUAUAUUUCAAACUGCUGAGAAAACGGAAAACAUGUUAUUGAACUUGUUCACGCCGCUAUGCCUUAGAGUUGGGAGUGGGAGAAAAGAUGUGCCGCCUCUCCGCCAGUCAGAUGUAAGCUACAUUGUAUCGGUGGUGUUAAAUGCGCUCUGCCCCCCGGCGCCGCCCGGUCAGGUAGCCGCAGUGAACGCAAAACUAAACGCAGCUGAGGCCAGGGCUAAUUCGCUCACUUUCACGGGCAGUAGAGACACCAGGAAUACAAGUAGACUAUCCAACCAACUCUACAGGAUUGCUUUUCUGGCCUUGAAAGUCCUAUGCGCAUGCUUCACGAGUGAGCUGUGCUCGGAAUGGGGCCGCAUAGCGCGUGCCAUGCGGGACCUGGGCCGUCGGAACGAGGCCGCGCACCAUCUGUGGGACUUUCUAGAACACGUCGUCACUUAUCGCACACCGCUUUAUGUGCUUCUCCAGCCGUUUAUAUCGCACAAGCUGUCUCAGCCGCCGAUCGGAGACCACGAGCGUCACAUGCAGUUCGUGGUCCGCGAGCGAGUCCGCGGACUCAAGCUGCCGGCGGCGAGAGCUCGCGGCGCGCUGCUGGCGGAGCUGGCGAGAGAGUUGCGGACCAUGAGGGAGACACACGAUCAUUAUAAAUUCGAACAAAUAGCGGAGAGUAUCGGUCAAGGCGGAGGCAAGCGUGCGUCGGAGGCGGUUCCUCGCUCCAUCGCUGAGAAGCAACAACAACACCGGCCGUCUCUCAUCUCCAUGCUGGUGGGGCGGGGCCUGCCUCGCACGCCAGACCAUCCGCAGCCGCUGUGCGCACAGAGAGAAUCAUUAUCAAGCAGCUCCACGACCAGUCAGCAUAAUCAACAUUUCGAGUCAAACAAUAACGGCCGUGUUCCGGACAACGGAAAUUACCACGGAAUUAUGCACACUCACAUGGGUGGCGAACAAAGACAAUCAUCGACAUAUACAAACGCACAAAAACUAAGAUUCGGAUCUUCUGUGGAGUUCAGAUUGAAUACUGGGGAAACAUCACAAACACCUCUCUCGCCGCUCUCGACCACUGAGUCAUGCGGGGAGGAGGGGGACGAGGCGGGGGAGGACCCGCCCCGACUGCAGCGCUCCCACGGACCCUCCAAGAAGACCUUCAAGUUCCGCCGCAGCAGGAAUGCUAAACCUGAACCGAGUGAAGCUCAGACGCGGGUAGAAUGUGAGGAGUGGUCCUCCCCCGGGGAGCCGGCCAUGCGGCGGGCGUGGUCGCUGCAGCCUCCGCCCCACCACGUGUACACCGACACCUCGUACGACAGCGAGAUAUCGCAGACCUCGUCCACCUCGGGAUACAGAGAGAGCUACAGCCUGCAAGCGUCGAUGACGGAGUCGCCCGGGCCGCUGCGGUCUGGUGCCGCCACGCCGCGCGCUAGCCCCGACGCAUCUCUAAGCUGUGACUCGGUGACGUCAUCGGCGGAGCGCACGGCUCUGCUAGGCGCCACCAGCGAGCACACUCUGGUGUUGAGCGGAGAACUACGGGACGAGGAUACUUUGUUGUAGUACCUCAUAUAAAAACAAUUGUCAUAGAAAUCACUGACCUGUAUAAAUACCACUAGACAGGCUGUUUCAUAUGUUUGACAGCAAUUUUUUUGUUCCUAUUUGAAGCGCCACUCGCGAGCGUCCAGAGAACUAAUUUUGACGUAUAAAUCAAAUGGCUGCCAUUUUUUUUUAACCGCAUAUGCUGCAGAACUAAGCAUAUUCGCCAAUCUUUCAAUCUGAAUAAGCUACUACGACAUAGAUCUAACAUAUGUCAAUUAACGCACAAUAAGUACAAACGCAUAUAACUAAAGUAGAAUUAUAUACAUACUUAUAUAUAAAUCGCAAACGAGCGUGGUAAAAGUGGGUUAGCCGCUAACGCCGACAUUUACAAAAUGGCGACCUAAACGUAAAUCAGAAAAUUCAAACAAUUUAAAAUUCAAGAAAUUAAUUUUGCACUGGUAAAGUGACAAUUAAGUAGGUGGUAUGGUGUUAGCAAUCAAAUGUCUUAACAUUGGCUUAAUAAUAGGGUUCUAGAUUCUUGUAAGAAGGUACCUACAUGUUGUUAAAAAUACAUUUAUGUUAAUGUAAAGUGGUUUAGUGUUAUGAUUGUUGUAAUAUUAGAUGUACCGUUGAUUUUAUUUAAUAAAAAUGAUGAAAGUAUCUGUU